AUGCUCAGCAUAUAUGAGGCGGCGGAAUGCCCAGGGGACACUGUAGCGUUCCACGCCGAAAGGUUACAGCGCAAGUACCAAGCACAGCUCCCAGGCUCAUCAGAAGGCUUUUAUGACUUUCGCAUCGACUACACACCCCGCCCCCAUGCAUACAGAACCCUCCGUGUCCGCGCCGGUCUGCCACCAAGAAUGUUGAGGUUUGGCGUCAAACCUUCCACCGAGUUUGAGCUCGCAUACUGUUGUACCAUCACUUUCACGCCCUUCCGCGCCAUUCUCGAUCUCAGCAGGCCGUCCUCUGAAGCUUCCUGGGAUUCAGAGGGUGAAUAUGAGUCAGACCCCCAAGUUGAUCAGCUCAGCAGUUGCUCUAGUGGCAGUGUUCCCUACAAUAUUAAAACGGAAAACACCAUCAUCGAUUCAGGACCAUCAUUAACAACAAACUUCGAGUCCCUCGAAGUCUCUUCUUCCGUUUCGCUUUCGGACCGCAAUGACAAGGACAGAAAAACAGAGCAUGACUGCUACGAGAUCGCCGAGCUGCAUGCCGAUAUGGAAUACGGGGGUAAUAAGCUGAUGGAUCUGAUUCUCCGGUACUUCUUGGAUGUCAUUUCACUGCAUGAGGCGCAGCGUCCAGAAUUAGGCGACAGCGGUUGGGGACGGGAGCGGGAGCCGACGGUUGUGGUUAUGGCCAAGAACGACGACGCUGAUAAGAAGUUUUAUGCCUCACACGGAUUUGUGGAAAGUGACGAGGCAUUGGAGGUGAGUGACAGGGCCAUCGAGAGUCAGGUUUUAAGGAUGGUUUUGAAAGAGGGUGUGAUCAGAGCGCUGGUGAACAAGAGGAACGAGGAGCAGAUGGAUGAUGAGGAUGUUUGGACCAGGAGGCGUAGAGAGUACGAGCGGAUAUGGAUACAGGCUGAGGACAGGCGAAGAGAUAAGCGUCGGGAGGAGAUCUUGAAGGAGUCUCUGUCUCUCUCGGAAGAUACUUCGGGAAAUGAAUGCCUGGAGAUGAGUGUGGGGGUGUUGUGUUCUGUGCAAGAUACGCCAGGAGAUGGUGCGAAGAGAGCAAACAGCUUACCCCUGCGACUGCAUCCUAUGACUCAUAUCGAAACGAGCGAGGAGCAAGGUGACGGGAGAAAGAGGGCCAAAAGCGUAGCUGUAUCUGCCACGAGCUCAACCGGUCGCAAAGAGAGAGCUUGA